CGCGAUUUUUUCAAAAUGCUUGCAUGUAGCACGUCUAGAAUGCUACACUGUAACGGGGCGGGACUGUAAUUUAUAGACGAGCCAAUCAGAGGCAUUUGAAGGAUUUCAAGGUUACGGCGCUGACUUCAGUGUUUAGUGCUAACGUACGAUGAGUUUACAAGGAAUUUUGUGCUAAACGUGAUAAUUGAGCGGCUAUAACAAACAAAACGGCAAGACUGUAAUUUGUGGACGGAUGAAUCAGGUAUAAGAUAACAGAUCUCGGAUUUGGGCACGAAAGCCUUUAAUCCAUUUGACUAAAUAGAUUUCUGGCAGUAUAGCUGAUGUCAGUUCAUGAUGGAAACCCCAUAUAUAAUUCCUAACUGAGAUCUGGUAAUCGAUAAUCAAACACACUGCUCCCCACAAUCCUCUAGCUUCCAAGAUUCCUUCAGGCUGAACAGAAACUUUAUGAAAUCUAGACAUUAAAAGCAUAUGGACUUGUUUAAGCUGUAUACAAAAAAGAUUUUGGAUUCAUGGACAUCUUUGCGCCUUGGUCUAAAUCAGGAGUCUGGAGGCCCAAACACACAACAAAAAGUAGGAUUAUUGUAUGAACAUCUACCUCAGGUUGUUUUGAAGUCUAAACACGAGGAUGAAAUAAGCGACUUUUUGGAAGAUUAUUUAGAUGAUGAAUUAAAUAUAAUUUGUGAAGACAAAUCUCAUGAAGAAGUUGCACGUCUAAUAUACGAAGGACUUCUUCUUUUUCGAAAUAAAAACACCAGUGAACUUCAGGAUAAAAUAGACAAACUGACAACUGGUUGUAAUCUUAAUCAAUGUUUAUCUCAAGACCAAACCACUGAUGCUGACGAUUUGACUUGCAGUGAGUCAGACUCAGGAAGUGAGGGGGACGUUGACAUGGAGUAAAAGCUUUCUUUGCAAAAUGUAUUAUAUUUCCUUGUACAUACUAGUUUGCUUUGGUUAU